UCCUCGCUGGAGUUUGUUUAUGUACAUGGCUAGAUCUAACAGUUUAAUCAACUGGUGGUUAAGAAUGAAACUUCUAGGCAAAGAGCACACUGCAUAAUGAGUUGCGCGACCUUGCAGUCACAACUUGGGUGCAUAAUGAACAUUUUAGCGGAAGCGGCAGUGGAAGAACUUGGCAGACUGCUCGAUGAAAGCUCUGCUGCUGUACUGCCCAUAGAGACCGCGCACCUUGCAACAAACAGUACUCUUAAGAGAAAACUACAGAGAGAACACAAAGCCAAAACAAGGGAUUUUGCGUUCUUUAUGGAGGUCCUGAGCAAAUCAGCUGUGGACAAAGUGAUGCUUUUGGUCAACAAGAUAAUGUUCCAGUGGCAAGAAUGUGAAAACAAUUGUCCUAAAGGUCGGACAGAGUGGAGAAAUGCUCUAUCCAAAGCCCCUGAUCACUUCACUUAUACUGCAAAUGGACCACCAGCAACAGGGAAUUCUUCUGAAGGGUCCUCAUCUGAGUGGGAUGCGCAAGACGAGGGGGUGGGCGACUCAAAAGAACGGGAUCAGCCGCAAGAAACCAGCGCGGACCUGAUUGUAGAGGACCGGGAUGAACAGAGUGGUCGGACUUCACCUCAGAUUGAUGUGUCUGCUCUGCUGCGAUUCACUUGUGAGACGUGUGGCAAGAGUUUCACUGAGAGGUUGCCCUUUAAGCGUCAUAUCCGGGUGCACACCAAAGCAUUCAGCUGCCCAGUAUGUGCCAAGUGCUUCACCUGGCAGAGUACACUGGAUGCCCACAUACACCUGCACUCUGGUGAGAAACCAUUCAGUUGUGACCGCUGUCCCAAGAGCUUCUCACUUAAGAGCAGACUGGAGUCUCACAAACAGCACCAUAUCGCAAGUCAGCAGAUAAACUGUGCGCACUGUCAAAAGAGCUUCCCUAGCCAACGUCGUCUGGACCGCCACAAAUGCAGUGCGGUCAAGACUUCCUUUGUCUGCACUACCUGCGGAAAGACCUUUCUGUCCAAGAGCCGCAUGCUGGACCACCAGACGCUGCACUCAGGCGAGAGACCCUUCUGUUGCGAUGUCUGUGGCCUCUUGUUCAGCUGUGAACGCUACCUGAAGAACCACCAGAAAAGCCACCAGAGCAUCAGCUGCCACGUGUGUGACACGUGUGGCAAGCGUUUUAAUCACGCCAACGGUUUGACAAAGCACAGUUUGGUCCACACAGGUGAACAGCCCUUUGCCUGUGAUCUUUGCGGCCGGCGCUUCAGCCUGGCCGGUAACCUGAAGCGCCACCAGAUCACCCACACUGGACAGAAGCUGUAUGGGUGCACUGUUUGCCCAAAAAGGUUCACUGCAUCUCAUUCCCUCAAAUCUCACCUGCUGAGCCACACUGGGGCCAAGCCAUUCAGCUGCGAUGUCUGUGGCAAGGGUUUUGUGAACCCAGCCUACCUGAAGAGGCACGCCCACAUCCACAUGCCCAGACGGCCCUUCGCCUGCACGGUCUGUGCCAAGAGCUUCAGCUUCCCCAGUCUGCUCGGCAAGCACAUGAACGUGCACACGGGGAGGCGGGGUCUCUCUCCGGGCCGCGAGUACCCGUGCGGACGCUGUGACAAGGUCUUCUCGCUCAAGAGCUCGCUCGCCGUCCACCAGCGCGUCCACACGCAGGAGAAGCCCUACGGCUGCCGCAUCUGCGGGAAGCGGCUGGCCUACGCGGGCGGCCUCAGCGCCCACAUGCGAGUCCACACGGGGGAGCGGCCGUACGGCUGCGACGCCUGCGGGAAGCGCUUCAGCCAGGCCGCGCACCUCAAGAACCACCAGCGCGUGCACACAGGCCUCAGGGUCUUACAGUGUGCAAGCUGCGGGAAGAAAUUUGGAGACCGGAAGCAUCUUAGACUUCACAAUUGUGAACUUCAGACAUUUCUGUGAGGGAAGGAUCUGGUGCUCAUGUAACCAGGGGCCCAAAACAAUGUAGAUGUAGUUGUGCAAAAUCAUUAUGCUGAUUUCAUACCCUGCAAAUCAACUGACACAUGGAUGGAUCAGUGCAAGUGUUUGUUGUAUGUAUUUAUGCCACACCAUUUUUGUGAAACUUCUGAUGAACUUACAGUUUAUUGACUAUGUUCCUCACUUAGAUAUUAACAACUCCAUCAGUUAAUACACUGUCUUAUUGUAGUUAGCCACACACUCUUUAACUGUAUCGUUUGUUUUAGUCAUUUCAUUUUCAUUUUAAAUAUUUGUUUUUGCCUCGGAAACAAUAACAUUUCUGUCAUUAUCAUGUCUGCUAAAAAUGACAAGAAAAAACAAAACAAACAAAACAAAAGUUCAUUAAAUGUUUUAUUGAAAUGAUAACUAUGGGGUCUUUCCAAAAACAAUGACUCACGCUUGUCCAGUAGGCUACUGUCUCUACAUGGACAAUACGUUAGCCAACCUCUGCCGAAGUUACCCUGCUGACCAAUACACCUAGCCUUGCCAAAUCAUGCCAUACCAUAAUUUAAUUAUUCUCUGAUAGUUGUUACUUUUGCACCUGGCAGGUUCAUUACCAAACUGUUCCUCGAGAAGCACAUGCUCAGCCAUGCUCGGGCAAGCCCUUUCAACUGUGAUGUGUGUGGCAAGGGCUUAGUCGUCUCAGUCCACCUGAAAAGGCCCAGGCACAGAUGCAUGCCCAGAGAACCGUUUGUUAGUCAGAUCUGUGACGAGAGAUGCAGCUGGCAGUCUGCUAAAUAAGCAUACUCUGCACAACAGAGCCUUGCUCUACAGAGCCCCAAAAGGUCACCUGUAGCCACUGUAACAGUUAGUUCCUCCUGAAGGCCUCUCUCCACAUCCACCAGCACGUUUGUUUAAAAGAGAGGCCCUACAGGUGGUGUGUCAGUGGGGAAACAACUGGUCUACGCUGGUGCAUGGACCAUACAUGCGCAGACAUGGUAGGGAUAUGUCCAUACAGUAGCAAGACAAGCACUUCAGUCAGGCUGCACCUGAAAAGGGGACCUAGAAUAGUUUGCCAGCUGUGGGAAGAUAUUUGGUGAGCUUAAGACCUGUAGAAUU